CUCUUGUUAGUAUAGAGAGAUAAGAGGGAAACUCUCCCUUCUUCCUUCUUUCUUCAAACCUUCAUCCAUUUCAUUUCAAUAAACUUUUUUCAACAGAAAAUGGCUGAAAAUGAAAUUGAGGAAAUGUUAGAUCACCUGAGAAGGAUCAAGAGUGGAGGUGAUCUGGAUAUUGAACAAAUUAAGAUACUUGAAAUGAUGCUAAGAGUUUUUAGAACCUUUAUAAAGUAUCAUCAUGUACUUUUGCCGGAUCUCUUGGUGGAGCUCACAAAAAAGGCAAAAUCAACUGUGAGAAUGCUUCCUUGGGUAUUUGAUGAGAUUCCAGAUGAAUGUAAAACUAACCUUAAUUUGGAAAGGCUAGAAACACAUUUGUUGGAAUUCUUUGAAGGUAAUACCAGUUCAAGUUACAGUUAUGAGUCGAAUGAUGUUGAUCUGUCGAAAUAUAUGGAUUGCCUCGGAAAGAAUCUAAAUGAUGUACUGAUGUUCCUCCUGGAAAGGGGGUCUGACCCUCUUGAAGAAAACUUUACCAUACACCGAUUCAUAAAGAAACUGAAAAUUGUCCAAAAGAAAAUGAGAUUUUUGAGAUACUUAUAUGCCACAGAGAUAAUUGGUUAUGUCAACCAAGAGAAGUUGGAAUGUUUGGAGACUCGAAUUCAGUUCAUGGCUAACAAUGUGGAACACCUUUGUCUUGCUGUUGCUGAUGAGUUCAUCACAUAUGAGUAUGAUAACUUGAAUUAUAAACCUUCUUAUCUAUUAAGCUUGAUUGUGUUAGUGGAGCUGGAAAUGAAGAAGAUUUUUCUCAGUGAACUAAAGGCUUCAAAGUUUACUCAAUCAACAACUUUCAAGGACAAGAAAUUACCAAAAGGAUUUUCACAUCAUCUCCACAGUCUGCUGAUGUAUCUCAGAAACAAAAAGCUCGAGAACUUCCCUAAUAAUGUCUCUGCUCAAAAUAUUGAUGUGGUAAUAGAGUUCUUAUUGGGUUUCCUGGAUCCUAAUGUGCCAAAUCAUGUUAUUAAUGGUAGCUGGUUGAAUGAGGUCUUGGUGAAGGUUGGAGAUAUAGCAGGUGAUGUUCUAUAUGUGAUUCAAAAGCUUCUUCCUAGCUCUAUAAACAAAGAUGACACUAACAAAAUAAGUCUCUGCUCAAUACAGAUACUGGAGAAAACUAAAGAUCUGAAGGCACAAGUGGAGACUUACUACAGAUCCUUAAAAUUUACUCCAUCUCAGUUCCCCACCUCUGGUGGUUUGAGCUUUCUGGAUUCUCUUUUAAGGAAACUGAAUGAGAUGUCAAAAUCUAAAUCUGGUUUGGAUUUCCCGAUGAAACCUCUUUUAGGUAAUUCGGAGAAAGAUCUAUCAUCUCUUACAUCCAUUUUAGAGAAGGAGCUGUCAUCAUUAUCAUCCAUUUUCAGAGAUGUCGCAAAGGUGCACCAUGAACAUAAAAUUCCUAAAGAUCUUCAGAGACGUACCAUCAAUUUGGCAUAUGAAGCUGAGGUUGCCAUUGACUCUAUUCUUGCUCAGUAUAAUGUGUUUUGGCAUAUUUUUUGCUCACUUCCUACAAUCUUAAAAGAGAUCAAGCAAAUUAAUGCGGAGGUGACUGAGAUGUGGUCGGUGGACGUUGCUCUUAAGGCUCACUAUGUGGUAGCGCCAUCUAAACAUCUACCAACUCGACACAGCAAUCCUGUAAAUGAUGAGGAGAUAGUGGGUUUUGAUAUAACAACAGAAAAACUAAUUCAGUAUCUGACUCGAGGGACAAGUGAGCUAGAUGUCAUCCCUAUUGUUGGGAUGGGGGGACAAGGUAAAACAACUUGUGCUAGAAAGUUGUAUAAUACUGACAUCAUUGUUUCUUGGUUCGAUGUUCGAGCAUGGUGCAUCGUUUCCCAAACAUAUAAUCGGAGAGAGCUAUUACAAGAUAUUUUUAGUCAAGUUACCGGUUGCGAGGACAAGGGAGAUAAGGAUGAUGUUCUUGCCGACAUGUUGAGGAAACACUUAAUAGGAAAGAGAUACCUCAUUGUAUUGGAUGAUAUGUGGGAUUGUAUGGCAUGGGAUGAUGGGAGAAUGUGGUCAAAAGUUGCUGCUAGGAGAAUAGUCAAAGUUGCGAAAAGCAACUUUUGA